AAAAGAAAAAUAAAAAAGGCUAAAGGAGAUUACAAAAUCUUAUCCAUGAGUGAAAAACUGAAACUUUUGGUAGUUACCCAAGCUUGAUAGCAAUGGCUGCCUUUUCUCUCCUCUCCCUAUUCCACCCAAACCCCUCAAUCCCCAAAAUGACCACAAAACCCCUUGCUGUCCUCAACAAAGCCUACAAAAUGCAGGUCCCUUAUGAGUUGAAGCAGGGGCAGACACGUAUUUUUCACCAACUUCCAUCUGGUCUGAACAUGGAAGUGAUUGAGCAAAAGGGUCGUGUUCUGGCAGACAAAGAAAACAAUAGAAGCCCAGGAAACAGUGAAAAAAACCCACCUUUGGUUUUUGUUCAUGGAAGUUACCAUGCUGCUUGGUGCUGGGCAGAGCACUGGUUGCCUUUCUUUUCAGGGUUUGGUUUUGAUAGCUAUGCUGUUAGCUUGUUGGGUCAGGGUGAAAGUGAUGCACCAGCUAGUCCUGUUGCUGGUUCUCUUCAGACACAUGCAGGUGAUGUCGCUGACUUCAUCCAGAAAAAACUAACGUUUCCACCAGUCUUGCUUGGGCAUUCAUUUGGAGGGUUAAUCAUUCAGUGCUACAUUGCAAAUAUAAGGAAUAAACAAACUUUAGAAAAGAAAAUGCUGUACCCAGAUCUUGCUGGCGCUGUUCUUGUGUGCUCUGUACCGCCUUCAGGUAAUAGCGGAUUAGUGUGGCGUUAUCUGUUUUCCAAACCUGUUGCUGCUUUUAAGGUGACACGCAGCUUGGCAGCUAAGGCUUUUCAAACUGAUCUUUCACUCUGCAAGGAAACAUUUUUCACAUCAACCAUGGAGGAUCAUCUGGUGAAACGUUACCAAGCACUAAUGAAAGAAAGCUCAAGAAUGCCACUGUUUGAUCUAAGGAAGCUUAAUUCAUCACUUCCAGUCCCUUCGGUGCUAAAAUCAUCUAUUGAAGUGCUUGUGCUGGGAGCAAAUGAUGAUUUCAUAGUGGACACUGAAGGACUCAACGAAACAGGCAGGUUUUAUGGCGUAUCACCAAUCUGUGUUGAAGGGGUUGCCCAUGACAUGAUGCUAGAUUGUUCUUGGGAGAAAGCUGAAGAAGACGAGGUCGUAAGUGCUUCACCUGAGCCCUUUCCAUCUUAGCCAGCAGCAGGGAUUUACAAAUAUGCGGACCAUUGCGCGAAUGUAGCAGGCGAUGGUCGGAAUGAGAUUCUGGGUGGAACUUUGCUCGGAAAGCAUGUUCUCUUGGUUCUUAAAUGCUGAGAAAAAACAAACUUACUUGAGAGGCUAAUGGGCAUGCAAUGAGGCAUUCAAGAAGAUGGUUCUUGAAUUUCCUGAGUUUUAAGCACUGAAUCCAAAUGCGUAUAAGCGGCCUCAUCCAAACUUGGGUUGACCUGAUGCUUGAUAAAAUGUUGAUCUAAGAGAACUUUUAGACAUUUUUUGUCUCAGGUGACUGGUCAAACUCUGUUAAAUUCAGGCCAGGUCAAUGAUAUAAAAAAAAAAUACAUUGAUAUUCCAUUUGUGUUGCUUUGAUUCCACCUGAACACAUGAGCGACGACAAUGCUUGGACAUAAUGCCAAGUCAGAAAUCCAUAUGUUAGCCACCAA